AUGUUUAAGAAAUACAUUUUUCUAUUAUCUCUUAACAUACUUUUAAAAAGUAUAUUUAAUAUCAGUUUGUUUGAUGACCAAGUCUUGUGCUUUUUAAGGCAAAUCGAUAAUUCAUUUGAAAAUAUAAACGGAACCUUGCUGCCAUCAAUUAAUGGACAAGUAGUAGAGGUGCACGGAGAUAUAAAUGAAUAUAACGAAACUCCAAAUAAUUAUCUUUACAAUAAUGGGCAUGCAUAUAUAACAAGUGACUACUAUAAUGACAGUUCUGUUGAUCAAGGAUCCAUAUAUAACAGUGCAUAUAAUGAAGAAGUCGAUGGAUUAGGCUAUAACAUUUAUAACUAUGAAGAAUAUGAAGGACAAGAUGAAAAUGUUAACCUUGAUCAUUCUGUUCAAGACGAACUAGAUAACAUGAGUGAGAAUGAAGAUCUUUAUAAUAUAUCUGAAUUAUAUGAUAUUAUCAUCUUAAUUUUAAAUCUAGAAUUUGAAACAACUAAUACGUAUGUAAAUAAGUUAGUUCAUUGUUCUUCUAUUGAAGAAAAAAAAAGAAUCAUAAAUAAUCAUUUUACUAUCAUACUUGAAAUUUUUAAAAAUGCUAAAAAAAUGGAUAAUUUAAAAGUACCUUUUGAACUUUUAGAUUCCAUGGCACUUAGAAUAAAAAACCGUAUCACAGAUUUUUGUCUUGAUGAAGAUUUAAAUGAAAAUUAUUUAUUAAUAUUGAAAAAUAUUUUCGAAAUUGAACAAAACGUUUUUAAAGGGCUUUUUUGUUAUAUAUCAUGUAAAAAUACUUUAAAAGAAAAAAAAGAUGUUAUUAACGAUUUACAACUUAUAAGUUAUUAUCAUGAAGAGCUUGCUGAAGAUGCUGGUAUAGAGAUACCAGUACAACUACUAGUUAACGCAGCUAUGAGAACAUCUAAUUUUGUCAGUGAAAUGUUUUACUUAUUUAUUCCAUCUCAUCAAGAAGAUUCUUCUUCAGAUUAUCCUGAUGAUGAACAUUUAUUAAGUGAUUAG